AUGGACAACCGCGCAAUCCGCCUCCCCCCAACAACCCGCCGCAACAUCUUCGCCGCCCACACCGCCCAGCAACAACAGGCACAACCGCAACAACAACCCGCGCGACGCCAGAACCAAGCCGCACCCUCCAUCCGCCCCGACAGCCGCGAGAUAGAACAAGACAUCUUCAUGCAGCCCACCGAAGACGAGUUCGUCGAGCGCGACGACAUUGGUGAAUACAUUGUCAAAGCGCCGGCGCCUGUGUACAGGGAGAUGGGUGUAGGGAAGCAAGAAAACGAAAUGAUACAACUCUACGGCAAGACAAACGCACAAUGGGAUGCUGUUGCUGUGGAAGAAGAGAUUCGGGUUGCGUUGAAGAGUAGUCUCAAGAAGAAGGUGGCUAGUUUGGAAGAUGAUAGGUGGAUGUUUGAGGGGGAGGGGGAGGGUAGGAAGUAA